UUUCAAAAAAAAAACAAAAAAAACUUCUAAAACUUUUCAUUUUCACCCUCGACUCCAUCGAAACUCCACUUUCUCUCAAGUCUUAACCGAAAAUCAUUAGCAAACUCAAACUCCAAACUUCAAAACUCGAACAAUGAAUUCUUCGCUUACACCAACCAGAAAUUUGUAUGCCUGUGAUUCUAACCCAUCACCCUUUCUGAAAUUUAAAGGUCCUCUUUUUUCUCCGAAACGGUCUUUUUUCUUCCCCUCCAGCUCCCCAUUUCAAAAGCUUAACAAAGUAAGGACAGGAAUCCAUCACAGAACCAUCGUAGCUUGUUCGUCGGAGAGAGUUUCUCCGGCCAAAACACUCCGGCAAAUUCUUGAGUUGCCAGGUGUUCAUCAGGGACCCGCUUGUUUCGAUGCUCUCAGUGCUAAGCUCGUUCAAGAUGCCGGCUUUCUUUAUUGUUUCACUAGUGGAUAUUCUAUAUCUGCUGCUCGACUGGCCUUGCCAGACACUGGAUUUUUGUCCUAUGGAGAGAUGGUGGAUCAGGGCCAGCUGAUCACCCAGGCUGUGACGAUUCCUGUUAUAGGGGAUGGUCAGAAUGGUUAUGGUAAUGCAAUGAAUGUUAAGAGAACUGUCAAGGGAUUUAUCAGAGCUGGCUUUGCAGGAAUCAUUCUUGAAGAUCAGGUAUCUCCAAAAGCAUGUGGUCAUACACGUAGCAGGAAAGUGGUGUCUAAAGAAGAAGCAGUGAUGCAAAUAAAAGCAGCAAUUGAUGCUCGGAAAGAAAGUGGCUCUGACAUCGUUAUUGUGGCACGGACUGAUUCUCGUCAAGCAGUGUCUUUGGAGGAAGCACUCUGGAGGUCAAGGGCUUUUGCUGAUGCUGGAGCUGAUGUUCUUUUCAUUGAUGCUCUAGCUUCGAAAGCAGAGAUGAAUGCAUUCUGUGAAAUCUCUCCUCGUGUUCCCAAAUUGGCCAAUAUGCUUGAAGGUGGAGGAAAAACACCAAUUCUUAACCCUCUUGAACUUGAGGAGGUUGGAUUUAAACUCGUGAUUUACCCACUUUCCUUGAUAGGAGUAUCUAUUCGAGCAAUGCAGGAUGCACUGGCUGCAAUUAAAGGAGGCCGGAUACCUCCUCCAGGGAGUAUGCCAUCUUUCGAAGAACUGAAAGAACUCUUAGGUUUCAAUGCUUAUCACGAAGAGGAGAAGCUGUAUGCCACUACUCGUCGCUCAGUUUCUGAGAAAGUUACUCAAUACAGUAGACAACCAAGGGUUCAAGAUGAUACAGCAAGGAGUGGCCGAAGUCUCUCAAAUCCUGCUGUUGAAGUUAUAACUCCUGAAGUAAUGAAUAACUAUGGUGCAGAUGGUUCAAGGAGCCCCUUAAAUGGGAUCUGGUCUCGGACACUGAGAAUCAAAAUAACUGGUAGAGAUGGAUUUGAGAGGCUCGACGUUAGAAUUCCUGCUGGAUUUUUGGAAGGAAUCACAAAUAUAGUUCCAGCAUUGGGGGGUGUAAACCUCAAAGAACUUUUGGAUGAAGCAGCAGAUGAAGUUGGAGGAAAGCUGCUGUUAGAUUUUAAUGAUGCAAUGGGUGACAGGAUUCAGGUCUUUCUUGAAUGAAUUCAACACCAGUUAGCUUUUACGAGUCAACGGUUUGAAUUCAUCCUCCUUUGAUGGUAUGGAAAUUAAGACUCUUCCCUCUUGCUUUAGAGCGUUUCCUUCAACCUUGUUAGGUACGAUGAUUUGCUUUUUCCUCAAUAUGAAAGAGUAAGCAUUGUCUUGACCUGCAUAUGUAGCAUCCACACCAUAUUGUUAUGGAUGUCGAAGAAGAACAUGACAAACAUCCAUCUCAACUAUGUUAUAAAGGAUCUUAGAUUUGUAGGUUUUCCCUAAAGAUAAAGGUAGCUUACAUUGUUCUGUUAUUCUCAUAUUCAGACUAGUUUGAAUCUAAUCAAUACUAUAUGCAGUAGGAUAAGGUAUGGUUUCUGGCU